GGGGUUGGGACCGAUGAGCGAAUAGCAGGGGAAGGCCAACGCCGGAUCGCGCUGAAGUUGGAGAGCAAAGCAACUGCGGAAGAGAGCAACGAUGACGGUGUUUCAUUUCUUCAACUGCGCAAUUCUCACUUUCGGUCCUCAUGCUGUCUACUACUCUGCAACGCCCUUAUCUGAGUAUGACACACUCGGAACGUCAGUCAAAGCGGCACUGGUUUACCUUGGAACGGCCUUAGUAAAGCUUGUAUGCCUUGCAACCUUCCUUAACGUGUCAGAGAAUGACUCCUUUGACCUAUAUCAGGAACUGUUGAAAGCGCUUAUUGGUUUAAUAGAUGUUGCCGGACUUUACUUUGCUUUGACCCAGUUGACUUACCGGAACAUUUCUCAGAACCAUAAAUUUCAGGCAGUUGGACUGGGUUGGGCAUUCGCUGAUUCUGUUUUGCAUAGACUUGCACCACUUUGGAUUGGUGCCAGAGGACUAGAGUUUACUUGGGAUUACAUUUUGCAGGGCCUUGAAGCUAAUGCAAAUCUGGUGUUGAGCAUAUCCCUUGCUGCAUUGGGAUCUUUGAUGUGGCUUCGGAAGAACAAACCCAAAGCGCUAAUUCCCAUAAUUUAUAUCUGUGCACUGAUUGUGGCUACUAUGCCAUCAAUCACAAGCUACUUAAGGCGGGGAAUGGGUUGGCAUUUCCCUAAGGUGGUGGGAUUUGAACUCUUCACCUCUUUGGCGAUGGCUUUUAUUAGUUGGCAGCUUUUUUCUGCUUGUCAGAGACCCUCUGUUUAAGGUUAUGGCACACUGGGGUUGACUAUAUUGAUGCUGGACGUGAAUUUUGGAGGUGUGGAUUGCAGAUCUCCUUUUACUUAACCUUCUCUUUUGCAGUGUUCCGCCUAAUUUCGUAAUCAUUUGCAAAACCAAAUUGUGGGGUUAAGUUUCAGAUGUUGUAAGGUUGUAAGCUUUGUAAUGUAUGAUGACGGGUAAAAGGGAGUUUCAGAUGUUGUAACGUUUAGUUCUUUUUCUUUUGAGAUUUUGAAUGGAAGUAAAAGGUAGCUUGCCAGGACAAUGUUAUCUCA